UGAGCGGCGCCGGAGCACAGACGCAUCAGGUGCGCACAAGGACGGACUCCAAGGCGCGCAGCGGAGACUGAUGCAUGCCGUACAGAGCAAUAGAUAGCUUUGUUUUACGCGUAUUAUUGAUGUGAUGUGUAAGAAUAAAACGAGGGAUUUGCCGAAACCGUAAGAUAAAGAGAACAGUGCCUACAGGAGCGCUCAUGGAGACGCACCAGACCACAAACCCGUGCGCUUAAAACUGUCAUGAAGCAGCAGCAGCAGCAGCAGCACGCAGACCUCCCAUAAGGUCAUUUUUAUAACGUUUCAAGCUCAUCUAAAGGGGGAAAAAUUUAAUCAUGAACUUAUCAGAGUCUGUUUGGCUCUGGGAAGAGCCGUGGAACCUCAGCAGAGCGGAGGAGGAAGAUGACCAGAAACUUUUAUUCGGGAUCGGCACGGAUAAUUUCAUCACGCUGCUGGUUUUCGGGCUCAUCUUUACGCUCGGCGUGCUGGGCAACUCCAUGGUGAUCACCGUGCUGGCCCGGAGUAAACCGGGGAAACCACGGAGCACCACCAACAUAUUCAUCCUCAACCUGAGCAUAGCAGACCUGUCCUACCUGCUCUUCUGCAUCCCUUUCCAGUCCACCAUCUACAUGAUGCCGACGUGGGUUCUGGGCGCCUUCAUUUGCAAAUUCAUCCACUAUUUCUUCACUGUGUCCAUGCUGGUGAGCAUCUUCACUCUGUCUGCCAUGUCCGUGGACCGGUACAUUGCCAUCGUGCACUCCAGAAAGUCCUCUUCUAUCCGGGUGGCGAAGCAUGCCUUGAUCGGGGUGGUGGUGAUUUGGAUACUCUCUCUGGCCAUGGCUGCGCCCGUCAUGUAUUACCAGAAUAUUUUUCACAGAGGGGAGAAUCACACCUUCUGCUGGGAAGUGUGGCCAGAUCAAAACCAGAAGAAAAUCUAUGUCGUUUGCACGUUUGUUUUUGGUUAUGUGUUGCCCCUGCUGCUGAUUUCCUUCUGCUAUGCAAAGGUUUUAAAUCACUUGCACAAAAAGCUAAGAAAUAUGUCCAAAAAGUCAGAGGCAUCAAAGAAAAAGACAGCUCAGACGGUCCUGGUGGUGGUAGUGGUGUUCUGCCUCUCUUGGCUCCCUCAUCACGUUGUACACCUGUGGGUGGAAUUUGGGACCUUCCCGCUGAACCAGGCCUCCUUCGUGUUACGGGUGGCUGCUCACUGCCUGGCGUACAGCAACUCAUCUGUCAACCCGGUCAUCUACGCCUUCCUGUCAGAGAACUUCAGAAAAGCUUACAAGCAGGUGUUCAAAUGCCAGAUCGGCACCAGUGACUCCCCGCUCAACGACAUCAAGGACAUCCGCAGCAAAGCGGACACUCCACCCUCGACUAACUGCACCAACGUCUGAUUGUGGUGUGGAUGGUGACAUGAAAAUGAAUUACGGCUACUGUCACACUGAAACUCAAUGUAAAGUCAAAGUGACAGAGCCAUCAGACAUGAGUGGGUACGUGGAUUUUUUUGAUGUAGGUAAGUAUGGUUGCUUGGAUAUUGCUACAGCUGCACUGUUCCACAUAAGCGCUGUUCAUUAAGGACCAGAGAAGAUAAAGCCACUGUGUCUGCAGGGCAUCAUUACUCCCUCUUUGAUCAGUCUCUGUCUCCCUCUUUCAUCAUAAAAACCUGUGGAGUCUGAAACUCAGGAAGAUGAUCCUCUCUAAAGUGAAACUCAUUUUGACUGUAGACAGUAUGUCACAUCAGAGUAUAUUUACAAGACAACGCAUUUUACGUAACAGACCUCAGAAGUAUUCAAAUUGGUAGACCUUUUUCAAGAUCAUUAUUGCAUUGUAUUUAGUCACAGCAUUAUCACCUGCUGAAGUAAAACUGUUGUUUGAAUGUGUCGUUGGUGGUUGGUGGGAUAUGCGUUCAGUUUGGUUAACCUGAUGUAGGGGCUGGAGGCAGCAAAUCUCUAUGAAAAGAGAAGAAAUGCAGCUCCUGGUAACUCCAAAAUAGUCGUAAAUGUGCAUGUAAUGAAUUCAGGCGAUUAACACGUGGUGAAGACCAUACAGCUGAAUACUGCUAUCCAUUUCAGAGUUGGAGGGUGUGUGAGCGGGACCCUGGAAACCGGUUUCACAAAGAUGGACUCUAGAUUAGAUUUCUAAAUUAAUCCAUUGCACAAAGCUGUCUGACUAUUUGAAAGAUGACUAAAUUGCCAAAAACUCUGGGUAAAUUAAAACUUUUUUCAAACUAAAAAAUAUGACUGACUGAGCCACCACAUCCAUCUGCUCUGCUCCCCUCACUUCAGCAGAACAUUUUUGCCCUAACGGAGAAAUUCAGCAGAGGCAAGGACAUUUUACUGGGUAAUUAAGCCAGCUUGUAAUACAGAAAAUUCGCGUGGCCUUAAAUCUCAUCGCACUGCACAAUAGUGUAGCAAGGGAACUGCUCAAUACUUUUGCUGACUCAUCCUUCAGACCCAGGAGGGUUUCCUUGGGCAAACAUAAAUGACUGAUGGUGUUUUCACUAAGUACGUUUCCGAUAGAUUACUGUGGUCUCAAAAAACUCUGCCCCCUUGUCAUUGCUCACUCCACAGCAUUGUUAGCAGAAUACAGAUCAUAAGCCAUGUAUUUGUUUUUUUUGACAGUGGUUGUCAUUGGUCAGGUGUCACUGAUUGCUACCGUGGAAACCUGUGGCCAGUUGCACAAAACACCUUAAGAUUUUCCUUACAGUCCUUGUUAAAGUUUCCUCAAAAUAAGUCUUCUUCUUAAUGUUUGCUUAAAAUGUUCACUUCAGUAUUCAGUUCACUUUAGUAUUUUAUCCUUGUCUUUGUCUUAUACUUCUUUAUCUUUAUCUUUAGACCAUUGCACAAAGGCGUUAGGGACCUCUGUAUGUCUUAAGUGCAAUAUGACCAAACUUCUGGUGAUAGAUGAAAAAAAACUAACACACCCUGAGAGGGGUGUUCUGAGACCAGGAGAGCCCAAUGGAUACACUUUUGAUUUUACACUUCAGCUGUAGUUUAUUCCAACAAUUGUUUUCUGUUUUCUGGUAUUUGGGGAUGAAAUUUACUUUGUAGGUUUUGCCUUCUGUGAUUGUAUUGCUCCAGAACUAUAAUCUUUUCCUCCUCUGACCAAUAUGGUCUUCUUGUCUUCUUUCCUUCUGCCAUUUUUCGAGAUCAUAACAGGCAUCACAAGCAUGAGUCCAAGCAAACAAACAAUCUCCAUGGAAACUUUUACCACUGUAAGAUUUCUUUGAACACAGUAAAUGAGUUAAUGUUUUUCCUUAAUUAAGGGAUUCUGUGCAACUGUAUAAGUCCCUCAGCUAAGGAGAAAUUAAGCAUUAAGUGUUAUACUUAAAGAGAAAACUUAAGGUGUUUUAUGCAACCGGUCCCUGGCUCUUAAGGUAUAUCCACAUUAUCGUGGAAAAACUGCAUUUGCACGCGCCUUCUCAAGUAGCCUAUUGUGUAUGUGGUGUGUUGUAACAAAUUGGCUGACCUUUUGUGGGCAUAGCCAAUCGCUGUCAACCAUUGUUUGAACUGAAAGGUGUAUGAAAAACAAAUCAACUGUGUUUCUGAAUUUGCAUAACUGUACGUGUCAUAGCAAAUUAGCUUCAUAUUGAGACCAGACAAAAAUAUAUUCUCUAAAUGUAGGUAUCUAAGGCUAGCAACGUUAGCAAUUUAGCUAACGUUGCGCCAUUAAGUACAACAUCCAUAGUUCUGGAGUAGUAAAUAGCCAUUGCACUGCUGUUGACCCUUGUUUUUCCACCGUAAUGUGAAUACACCAUUAGUUCUGUUGGCCUCAGUCAUUCACAAGUUUUAAAUAAGUCAGUAUUUAUUUAUGUCAAACUUCUAAUUUACAAUAGACUAAUCUAAGAACAAAAUUACAGCUUGAUUAACAGUACAAGUAAUGUCUUUGUGAAACCAGCUGGUGCAGAAUACAGCCAUGGUACCUCCAAAUUAUAGUCUGGCCCUUGUUGAACGGCUACAACUUGCUUCUAUUUCUUCACGUUAAUGACAGGAGAUGCCAUGUGUGUGCACUGUGGAGUGUUUUUUGAGUUGUCGGAGCUGGGCUUAAUAUUGAAAAGAAUGUAAAGACUAACUGCUGACGAAAGGUGGCCACUGUAGAUAACAAAAAACUACCAUUGUCAUGGAACUGUGUGAUUAAAGCCUGUAUUUUGUAAAUAUUCAGACACUGGAGCUGAUAUUCACAUUUGCCUGUAAAAGUCUCACUCUACUGUAUUUGGCUGUUAUGCUGUGUUAACAGUCCUCAGAUUGUGUUGUGCUGUAUAACUGAGCCCGGCUGUUGGACAUAUAGAGCUUGACGCUUGUUUUACACGUUUUCUGGUAGCCAUCUUUCGAACCAUUACAACAAUCAAAUGAAGACUUCUGAUGUUGUAUGCUAUACGUAUGUGAUGUGCCAUGCCUCCACGCAGCAGCUUUAUACCUCAAUAUAACAAGAUCAUGAAACUUAAACAAUACGAGACCUUUAACUUGGACCUACAGUAUCACACCAUUUUGUAUGUACAUCUCUGGAAGUUGUGGACUUUAAAGAACAUGUCAUAUCCAUUAUUGACUUUUAUCUGAAAAAGGAUCCUGAGCUCAGUUCAGUGUGGAUUCUCAGCCUGCAACAGUGAGUCUUGGAGGGGAGCGAGUCUGCUACAGCUGAUGAUGACUGAUUACCACCAACUUCAUCCAGACAGAAGGAACCAAUCAGUGUAAUCAGCCGACUCUCAUCUUCUCUGUCAGCGAGGAUCUCGGAUGUGACAUUCAAGGAAUAUUACAAGAGAGCGGAGGAUAUGCAGCUAAUGACUUUGCUCACUGCAGCACUGACUGUACAGAUGGUGAUACUCAUUUAUGCCUGCACAGGACUGAGGAUGUUUUUUUGAAUUGGGACGUGUGCAUGGAAAUGUUACCCAGGUGCUGCGAGAUGAUGAUGAUUGAUGACAUUAUGGUGGACACAUGAGACACAUGUGAAUUGAUGGAAUUUCUGUGGCAGAUGAUACAGAUGUGGAACACAAAUAGAGUGUUGUUUCCUUCAAAAUACCCAUAUAAAGAGCACAUGAACAAAAUAAGAUUUUGUCAGCAGGAGAUGCAUUGUUUAAAUUUGUAACACUACAUUACUGCCUCCAAAUUAUACAGUGCAAUUAUUUAGUAUAUAAGGAGCAUCAGUAUAAUUCUUACUGCAUACCUGCACUGAGGCACAUACAGUAUAGGACACAACUCUGUGUUUGAAAGAGAGUUAGAAAUAAAUUACACUGCAAAUAUUUAUUUUAUUAGAAUUGAUUUAAUAAUUACAGAGCACAAUAAUUUAUUACUGAGUAACAAGGCAGGAAAAAUGGGGAGGGUGAUCGAUAUUCCAACACAAUGAGUCUCGGCACCAUUUAUUUUAAAACUAUAAUAUAUUAACAAAACAUGCUUACAAGGAGUGAGUUACAAUGAGGGGGGAAUUAUGAUAUAAAAACUCCAUUCAUUAUUAUGGUGUUGGUGUGCCUCUGUAGCUGUAGCUAUGAAAUAGAUAUGUCUGUGUUUUUAAAAUGAUAAUAAAAUACAGAGAAACGUUUAUAUAGUUUUUGGCCACAGUGUGAGAACUACCUGACAAUCAAAAAUUGAUGUUAGAGGAGAACCAAGAUCAGCUUUUAUGUCCCAUCAUAUCACACAAUAGAAAACUGAGGAUAUAAUACAUGUACUUUGACCCUAAAACAAACUGUGCUCAAGUUAAUUGAGAAUUCAUAAAUAAAACAAAUGGCAUGUCAAGAUUUUAUCACAAAAACAGAACAGGGAAAAACAUGCAUGGGGAAUUCCUGCUGAGGUCAUGGCCAUUACAUUACAGUAGCAGUAUGCUGGGCUGCAUCAAAUAAAAGCACUGAAAAUGUGAGAGAAAGGUCCUUUUAAGUCUGAGAUAUGCAGGUUGUAAAAUAAAGCAAUUUCUAUAACCCAUUUUUCAAGUCAAUUCCAAAAUAAUUAGUGGAUAUAAGCGCUGUUAAAUGAAGCAUUAAUUAUUCCAGCAUAAUUACACAGUGUCGUCUGUCACCCCAGUCAAUGGUGUUAAAUAGGAAACAAAAUACAGCUGAAACAGAUGUCGAAGUGUACAGUAGAAUUUACUAUUUGGUAUGCUGUAUGAAAAAAAAAUGAACACUGUAAUUUGUGGGCUGUAUUCUAAAGUGUUACCUUUAAUUUUGCAUUUUCCAGUUUUAGUGCAAACAAAGUGAAAAUGUUUCUCAUUAAAUGAAAGAGUUUGUUAUGCUCUUUCUUCGUGGAUGUUUCAUAAAGAGAUUCACAUUUGUUUUUUAAGUUUUAUUUAUUUAUUCAUUCAAAUUAGAUGAUACUGGUUGUGCAGCUUUUGAGUGCUUUGUGUGUUUUACUGAGGGAUCCUGGUGUGUCUUUUCAACCUUGUUUCUUGUAUUAAUGCAGCCGUGCCGUUUACUUCAAACAAUUUAUCAGAGUAGGAAAAAAAAUGAUAUUUUCUUGUCUGUUUAACUUUCUGUGCUUGAAAAUGCAACAUGUGAGAAACAGCUAAGGCUUUCUGAAGUACUCAAUAUCUGGAUGGUAUUUUGAAUUAUGUCCAGGCUUUUGAUUGUGUCUUUAUGCAGUGCUACUUAUAUUAUACAAUUAUA